GGCAGCCCGCGGACCCGCCUGCUCGCUCGGCACGACCCGCGGUGGGCCCCGGAGCGGAGCUCUACCCCUUGCCGCCGCCGGAGCCGCUCCCGGCCCCCUCUCCUCUCACUGUUAGCACCGCGAUUAGCGCCCGCAAUGCCGCUACCGCCGGCACGAAGGUGACCGACCGACCCCGGCUCCCCUUCCCCGGCGCUUCCGGGCCGCGGAGAGGCGGGUGAAAGGUCCCGCAGCGCCCGGAUGGAGGCGGUGCCGCUCGCUAUAUAAGCGCCCCGCGGCCGCCGCGCCCUCCUCUCGCCGCGCCGCCGCCUCCUGGCUCACCGCUGUUCGCUGGGCCCGCGCCGCCCCUCGCCCGCCCGGGAAUAAGUCGGUCAGGAAGGCCCCGCUGCCGCCAUGGCGUUUAAAGAUACUGGCAAAGCACCUGUGGAACAAGAGGUAGCGAUUCAUCGCAUUAGAAUUACUUUGACAAGUCGCAACGUAAAAUCACUUGAGAAGGUCUGUGCUGACUUGAUCAGAGGUGCUAAGGAAAAAAACCUGAAGGUGAAAGGACCUGUUCGCAUGCCCACCAAGACUCUGCGAAUCACUACCAGGAAGACACCUUGUGGUGAAGGUUCCAAGACCUGGGAUCGUUUCCAAAUGCGUAUCCAUAAGCGGCUCAUUGACUUACACAGCCCCUCUGAGAUCGUGAAGCAGAUCACUUCCAUCAGCAUCGAGCCGGGUGUAGAAGUUGAAGUUACUAUCGCUGAUGCCUAAGUGAUGGUCAUCGCUGAAUAAAGUUGAUUUACAAAUUUUCA